CUUAUACAAAGUACAGUAUAUCGACUUCACCAGUACACCCAUCCAUCCCCCAUCCCAACAUGGGAGCCAUCCUCUCCUCCUGCUGGGACCAUCUCCCUCCUCUGAUGGACAUUCUCCUCCCCACCCCCGAUGUCUAUCUCACCUUACUGAACAUCUUCCAAUACUUCCCGCUGUUCACCAUCAUCCAAUGGCUGACAGCCUGGCACCCGGCCGGCAAGACCUCCAUGAAGAGCUCCCUCUUCAACCUCCCCGGCCGCUGGGCCUGGUUCGCCAUGGAGAUCGUCAGCCCGGUGAACCUGCUCUACGUGCUGUGGAAGCUGCCCCUCAAGCUCGCCGCCGCCCACCGCACCACCACCAAUUCUGGUUCGAAUGCCGAUGGCUCUAUCUCUAUCUCUAUCCCCCUGCCCAACAAACUCCUCGCCGCCCUCUUCGUCGCGCACUACCUCAACCGCGCCAUCAUCUCCCCCUUCCUCGCCGCCCCCAGCAUGUCCCCUAUCCACCUCUUCAUCAUGGUCUCCGCCAUGCUCUUCAACUGGUUCAACUCGACAUGUCUGGCCGGCUGGUUGGUGGGGUACGACAUCCCCAUCCGCCCGGCCUCCCCCUAUCACCCUUCCUCACCACCAUCCAACACAGCAGCAGCAGCAGCACCAGGAAAGGUAGUACCCUACCUCGGUCUCGCGCUCUUUCUGGCCGGCAUGGCCGGGAACAUCUACGCCGAACGCACGCUCUUCCGGCUGCGGCGCGAGGAGGGCGCAAGGAGGGCGGCGGCCGCUGAUGCUGCUGGUGGUGCUGGUGCUGUGUAUGUAAUCCCCCCACCAUCCACCCCGCUCUUCGCCUCGAUCCUCUACCCGCACUACGUCUGCGAAUGGCUGGAAUGGACCGGCUUCGCGCUCGCGGGGACGGCGGUGCGUACCGUAGCAGCAGCAGCAGCAGCAGCAGCUAGCCGACCCCUCCAUCUCGCUCCCUGGCUUCGUCCCGCGGCGCAGCUCGCCGCGGCCGUGGGGCUGCCGUUCCCCGUGCCGGCGGCGGUGUUUGUGGUGAACGCGGUGACCAAUAUGCUGCCGCAUGCGCGGUGGGGACGGAGGUGGUAUGUGGAGCGGUUUGGGGAGGAGAAGGUUGCGGGGAGGGGGGCGGUGGUGCCGUUUUGUGGGUGGUUUUAGGGUUGCUUUGCUUUAGCAUUCACGAAGGGGGGGGGUUGUGUUUUGGUUUCAGGGAGGGUAGACAGAGGGAGGGGAUGAUGAUGGGAAUACGAAGUUUGAGGGAUGGUUUGUAUACUA